UUAUCAAGAGCAGUUAUAUAACUUCAAUUCAAUAAUAGUCUUUAAGAAUGAUUCUAUUAAGUCUAUUUUAAUAAUAAUCAAUAUAUUUGCUAAUUACAGGCCGUGCCCGAAGCUCCGAAUCCAGUUACGUCAUCUUAGUUAAUAGGGAGGACGAAAAGAAAUUCAUGACUCUUUAUAAGGAAUUUCAAGAAACAGAACAACUCAUUCAGCGU